UGGGGCAAUACCGGUAGCCACAAAACAACCAAAUUUGCAAACAGAGUCAGGUCAUGUCAGGUCCUCAACAAUCUUGGAAAUUUCGCUGCAAGGAUUCCUUACUGGUAUAUUCCGGGUGAGUGUAUUGGCUAUUCGCCGAAUUCGAACCCGAGACAUAUCAUUAAAUGAAGAGGCUGUUCUUCUUUUGGAGUUUAGAAAGUCAGUCAUUGAUCCUGACAACAAUCUUAAAAGCUGGAAUUCAUUGGACUCAACUCCUUGCAACUGGAAGGGAGUAAGUUGUUCUACGAAUCUUAAGGUAACUUCUUUGAAUCUUCAUGGCCUUAAUUUGUCUGGUAGUUUGUCCACUGCAAGUAUAUGUAGUAUCCCUGGUUUAGUUGAGUUCAAUAUCUCCUCCAACUUCUUUUCUGGUCCCAUUCCUCAAUAUCUUGGUGAGUGUCGCAGUCUAGAGAUUCUUGACCUUUGUACCAAUAGGUUUCAUGGAGAAUUUCCUACUCAUCUGUACUCACUAAACACUCUCAGACUGCUUUAUUACUGCGAGAACUACAUAUUCGGAGAAAUCUCUAGGGAGAUAGGAAAUUUGACGUCACUAGAAGAGCUUGUCAUGUAUAGCAAUAAUCUCACAGGCACAAUUCCUGCAUCAAUCCGUGGGUUAAAACAUCUUAGGGUCAUCAGGGCAGGUGUGAACUCCUUCACAGGUCCAAUACCGCCCGAAAUUAGCGAAUGUGAGAGCUUAGAGAUACUUGGGUUGGCACAGAAUAGCUUCCAAGGUUCUCUUCCAAAGGAGCUUCAGAAACUUCAAAAUCUUACCAGUUUGAUCCUUUGGCAAAACCUUUUAUCUGGGGAGAUUCCUCCUGAGAUAGGAAAUAUCAGUAACCUAGAGGUGCUUGCAUUGCAUCAAAAUUCCUUUAGUGGGUUUCUUCCAAAAGAACUAGGCAAGUUAUCCCAGCUAAAGAAACUUUACAUAUAUACCAACUUGUUGAAUGGAACAAUUCCUCAAGAACUAGGAAAUUGCAGUGGUGCUGUUGAGAUAGAUCUUUCUGAGAAUAGCUUAAGUGGGACCAUUCCAAGAGAGUUGGGGUGGAUUCCUAAUCUCCGCUUGCUUCACCUUUUUGAGAAUGUCCUUCAGGGAAGUAUUCCCAGGGAGCUUGGAGAGUUAACACAGCUGCAAAACUUUGACCUGUCUAUAAAUAAUCUGACAGGUACAAUUCCUCUAGAGUUUCAAAACCUAACAUAUCUAGAGGAAUUGCAGCUUUUCUACAAUCAUCUCGAGGGUCAUAUUCCUUUCCUCAUUGGGUAUAAUAGUAACCUCUCUGUCCUUGACUUAUCUGUCAACAAUCUUGUUGGUAGCAUACCUCCAUAUCUUUGCAAGUAUCAGAAACUGAUGUUUUUGAGCCUCGGAUCAAAUAGGCUGUUUGGAAACAUUCCUUUUGGUCUGAAAACUUGCAAGUCUCUUAAACAACUAAUGCUAGGGGGUAACCUGCUUACUGGAAGUCUACCUGUUGAAUUAUAUCAACUUCAGAAUCUUUCUUCUCUUGAAAUUUAUCAAAACCGAUUCUCCGGGUCCAUACCCCCUGGUGUAGGCAAGCUCAGGAAUUUGGAAAGGUUGCUCUUGUCAAAUAACUAUUUUUUCGGGAAAAUUCCUCCAGAGAUAGGAAACCUGACGCAUCUUGUUGCAUUCAACAUUUCAUCCAAUUGGCUCUCAGGAGAUAUUCCUCGUGACUUGGGAAAUUGCAUAGGGCUUCAGAGGCUUGAUCUUAGUCGGAACCAAUUCAGAGGCUCUCUCCCAGAAGAUAUUGGCAAGCUAGUGAACCUGGAACUCCUGAAGCUUUCAGACAACAGAUUGACUGGAGAAAUUCCAAGUACCUUAGGCAGUCUAGUCAGACUUACAGAGCUGCAAAUGGGAGGAAAUCUUCUUUCUGGUGGCAUACCUGUCGAGCUUGGUCAACUUACUGCUCUCCAGAUUGCUCUGAACAUUAGCCACAAUUGCCUUUCUGGUACAAUUCCCAGUGAUUUAGGGAAAUUGCAGAUGUUAGAAUAUCUCUACUUGAACGACAACCAACUCGUUGGUGAGAUUCCUGCAUCAAUCGGUGAGCUGCUGAGCCUUCUAGUCUGCAAUCUUUCUAACAAUAAUCUGGUAGGAGCAGUGCCAAGUACUCCUGCAUUUCAAAGAAUGGACUCGACAAAUUUUGCUGGCAACAACGGCUUGUGCAAAUCAGGCUCGUACCAUUGUCAUCCUGUGAUCCCAUCUCCUACUCCCAACAAAAACUGGAUCAAGGAGAGCUCAUCCAGAGCGAAAUUAGUGACAAUUAUUUCUGGAGCUAUUGGUUUAGUUUCUCUGUUUUUCAUAGCGGGAAUUUGCUGGGCUAUGAUGCGUCGUCAACCUGCUUUUGUUUCACUUGAAGAUGCAACAAGGUCUGAUGUGGUAGACUAUUAUUAUUUUCCUAAAGAAGGGUUCUCAUAUAAUGACCUUCUGGUGGCUACUGGAAAUUUUUCUGAAGAUGCAGUUAUCGGAAGGGGAGCCUGUGGCACUGUGUACAAGGCUGUUAUGGCUGAUGGUGAGAUAAUUGCUGUUAAAAAGCUAAAGUCCCGCGGUGAAGGAGCUAGUAAUGACAACAGCUUCCGUGCUGAGAUAUUGACCCUCGGAAACAUUAGACACCGUAAUAUUGUUAAGCUCUACGGCUUCUGCUACCAUCAAGACUACAGCAUUCUCCUAUAUGAAUACAUGCCAAAUGGGAGCCUCGGAGAGCAACUUCACGGCAGUGUCCAAACAUGUUCACUAGACUGGAAUGCUAGAUAUAAAAUUGGUCUUGGAGCAGCAGAGGGUUUGUGCUAUCUCCAUUAUGAUUGCAAGCCUGGGAUCAUCCACCGCGAUAUAAAGUCGAACAACAUUUUGUUGGAUGAAGUACUUCAGGCUCAUGUUGGAGACUUCGGCUUGGCAAAGUUGAUUGAUUUUCCCUACUCAAAAUCCAUGUCUGCUGUUGCAGGUUCAUAUGGUUACAUUGCCCCAGAAUAUGCUUACACAUUGAAAGUGACUGAGAAAUGUGACAUCUAUAGCUUUGGAGUGGUUCUAUUGGAACUAAUUACGGGGAAACCGCCUGUUCAACGUCUAGAGCAAGGAGGGGACCUGGUCACUUGGGUUAGAAGAUCAAUUCAUGAUUCAGUGCCAACACCUGAGAUAUUUGAUAGCAGGUUAGACUUGAGUCAGAAAAGCACAAUAGAGGAGAUGUCUUUAGUUCUCAAGAUUGCAUUGUUCUGCACCAGCACAUCUCCACUUAAUAGGCCAACAAUGAGAGAGGUCAUUGCAAUGAUGAUUGAUGCUAGGGAGGCAGCAGUGAAUUCUCCAUCAGAAUCUCCGACAUCAGAAUCCCCUUAG